UGUACCAAAUCCAUUAACAAUAUCUGAUGGAAUAGUUAGUGAAAUGGGCCCCAUCAACAUAUCAAUCCUGAGAUCUUUCUUUCUAUAAUAUGAAGUAAUGACAAUUUGUUGUGGGGAGUCACCCUCUAAUUAAAAAGUUGCUGCUCAUGCUUCUCUAUAUUAUUUAAUAGUUUUAAUUUUGUAGCUAGUGGCAUGGAUGCAUGCAUCUUACUUGGCAUUAUCUCCAUCACUGUCAUGUUCAACUGCAUUAAAGAUUAAUCCCUGCUUUUACAUUAGAUUAUAUAUGUUUUAGACUUGAUACUGUGGAGUGUUGUUAUCUGUGAGUGGUAGUAAGACUUUAUUGAUUAUCCUUUACUUAAUGGAUAAGUAUGCCUAGGAUUGGAUGAACAAUCCCUAGGUUUUCAAUAAUUACCCAAUCAUAGUUGUUGCUUACCAGGACCAAUAAUUUAAGGUGGAGGGGGGUUGAAGAAUUCUUUUUGUUAUUAACCAAUGGACAGCAAGAAAGAGUCAUAUGUGCUUAAAUUUAUUAGAUGAUCAAUGCUGACAAGGGAACUGCUGGUGAAAAUCUUUCACUCAAAAUAGUUUUAAAAUCUAUACACAAACAAUGCAUCAUGUUGUUACAAGUAAUGUUGUAAUCAGAUUUACGCAGUCGUAGUACAUAAAUUCUGUGUUUUAGAAGUCAAAUGUUGCGGUUUAUGGUCAUAUAAUCAAAUUCUUCCUUGUUAAUUAUCCUAUAUAAUACUAACCAAUCUGUUGUUAGGGAGAGAGCUGUUUUUAUGCUGUAAAUGCCAUAGUUUGAUCAUUUGAUGUCAUGCAUUACGUACAAGGAAAGACUGAAAAUGCCAUGUCUAACAUUUUCCAUGGGGCAGUUUACCAAAUCCAUAUACUGAAGAAUACUGUACAUGCCAUUGGUACUAUACCUCAAUACCAGUACACUUUCUUCUCAUACGUCAGGGUUCAGCUCUCUUCCGGGUUUAACUGAGAAGAGGGUUUUAGAGAUUUGCUGAAAGAUGAGCGGAGCAGGAGCACCGGAUUUUUUCUACAGGGAAGCUCAACGCCUUGGCUACGUUGCUCGUUCUGCUUUCAAGCUGCUACAGAUACAGAAGCAAUAUAAGUUGAUAAAGCCAGGUUCUGCUAUUCUUGACCUUGGUUGUGCCCCUGGUGCUUGGCUUCAGGUUGCUUGUCAGAGCUUGGGUCCAUUGAAGAAUGGUGGGGCAGUUGUGGGAAUUGAUCUUAAGAAGGUGAAAGUUCCUUCUCUUCACUGCGAUUCCAGGGUUCAAACUGUUUCGGCUGAUGUCAUGAAACUACCCAAGCAACAAGUUAUGGAACUUUCUCCUCAGAAAAAAGGGUUCUCAGUUAUACUUUCAGAUAUGUGUCCCUUGGUUUCUGGAAUUACAACUAAGGAUGCAGCUUUAUCCUUUGAGUUAGGUAUGCGAGCACUUGAUUUGGCUGUUGGUAGAGCUGCCAACCUUUCAGAUGAUAAUUUUCAAAGUGAAGGAGAGUCAUACACUUCUGGUCCAGAUGAUAAUGGUGUACUGCUAUCCAGAGGGCAUCUCGUCAUUAAGCUUCUGGAGAGCGAGGAUAUAAAAGAGUUGUGCCAGACCUGCAAAUCACUCUUCAAAAAGGCAUCAUGGUUAAGGCCAAAAGCUACAAGAUCCUCAUCUAGAGAAAUUUAUUUAAUUUGUCAAGAUUUGCAGUCAUAGCCAGGAUCAGUUUAUUUUUUUGGAUUGGUUUAUUCUUCAGGUUCCAACAACCGGCAGCCAAGAUGAAGCUAUAUCUGCCUGAUGUUGCUGCACCUUAUGUUCUAGCCAUUUUCUAAUACUAAUGAUAAAAACUGAGAAAACAGGUCAUAUCCAGGCACAGUUUCAUUUCAGCUACUCAGCUCUCAUCAUCAGGUCCCAACAACCAGCAGUACAAAGCUAUGCUAAUUUUCUUGUCAUUUGUAAUUUUGUCGGCGUAGCCAGAUAAACAGGUCUUGUGACCUCAAUGAACCUCUAUAUAUAAUUUUCUUAUAACUUUUGUUGCACAUAGGGUAUUUCUGUAUGCCUUCAUUGUGGAAAUGUGAGAUGUUGUUGGUGUUAUUAA